CGCCUUAAUCAUCUUUUCCUUCAGUCUUCAGCUUACGAACUACGUGGAUAUCGUAAACUUGGUCAAAACAGAUAGCUAUUGGUAGCUCACAAGGUCUUCGGCAGGGAAAGUUGUGUUGAGUGUAUGAACAUUUUUGUCUGAACAGAGAAAGCUGACAAGGCGCAGUGUUUAAUGUAAUUGCGAAAUGAGUAUGUUAACCUCGUAGGCUACAUGACAUAAUGCAGAAACUGACCGAAGACAAACUUUUACCGCGCAAAACACCCGAUGCCCGAAGCACGUUGCAGUUGGAUUCUGAGGGAGAGACGAUGGAUGAAAUUACUCAGCAUAUUGACAUGAUGAGUCACAAGCAAGCCUGCCUCGACCUGGAGAAGGCCACUCAAUUCAUCACAUAUGCAUUACAGCAUGAAGUAGGUAGGAACCAGGAGCUCUGCGUGUUGAUUCGCCGUCUAGAAGAGAAGGAGGUGGAGACUGGGCGGAGUCUGGCAGAGCAGGCAGAGUCAAACCGACAGCUGAAGCUGAAGAACGAUGAACUACAGAAACACCUGGAGGAAAAAGACAACUCACUGUCACAAGCCAACCAGACUGAGGCUUUCCUGAAGAAUGAACUAAGGGACCUGCAUCAGCAGCUGCGAAGACAGCAGAGCAAUCAUAGGACAAUUCAGGAUGUGAAUGAGUCGCUGCAGGGUGGGGAAAGCCAGUUCAAGGUUGAGCAAAUGGAGAGUUACAGCUUUCCUCUCCAGUCAGACCAGAUGACAGCUCAGGAGUCACUGGUCUGGUCAGAACCACUGGUCUCAGCUCAGGAGUCACUGGUCUGGUCAGAACCACUGGUCUCGUCUGAAGCCCAGAGUCCACUGGUCUUAUCGUCUCAUCAUAUUCUGCCUGUCUCAUCCAGUGCUGAAAGUCCGCUGGUCUCGUCUCACACGCUGGUCUCAGCUGAUGCUCAGAGGCUGCUGGAGGCUCCUGUUUCUGGGAUUAAAGAAGAAGAUGCUGAUGAUGGAGAUGAGUACAAUCAGCCUGACAGAGCUGAUCCCGGGACCGAACAGACCCCCUCCCCAGCUGAAGACAUAAAAACUGAACUGAUGCAGGAACAGGAGGACAAAUCCAGCAUACCUCUUGUCCUCUGCUCCAAAACAGACCUGUCCCCCACAGACCCCGUGUCUCUGUCUCUGUCUCCAGUCCUCUGCUCCAAAACAGACCUGUCCCCCACAGACCCCAUGUCUCUGGCCCGGUUAAGGAGUGUGUCAGUGGUGUUGGUGGACUACUCCAGGACACAAGGACGGCAAAGGAAGGACGAAGAGAACCAUACAGAACAGCCAGAGACCCGAAAAGGAUCAUCUGCCUCAUCCCCGGAGUUCCCAGCAUGCCCCUCCAUCUCGGGAACAGAGACAGAGAAAUGCAAAACCUACUCCUGUUCUGUGUGUGACAAAACCUUCCACUUUUGGACUCAGUUCAGGCUUCAUCAAUAUAUUCACACAGGAAGGAGGCCUUACUGCUGCUCCCUGUGUGGCAAGAGUUUUACUCGAGAGGGAGGUCUCAAACAACACCAGCGCACUCACACGGGAGACAGGCCGUACCACUGUACUCAGUGUGGCAAGAGUUUUACUCGAGAGGGAGGUCUCAAACAACAUCAGCGCAUUCACACAGGAGAGAGGCCGUACCACUGUACUCAGUGUGGCAAGAGGUUUAUUCAAGAGGGAAGUCUCAAACUACACCAGCGCGUUCACACAGGAGAGAGGCCGUACCACUGUACUCAGUGUGGCAAGAGUUUUACUCAAGAGGGAAUUCUCAAACUACACCAGCGCGUUCACACAGGAGAGAGGCCGUACCACUGUACUCAGUGUGGCAAGAGUUUUACUCGAGAGGGAAGUCUCAAAGUACACCAGCGCACUCACACAGGAGAGAGGCCGUACCACUGUACUCAGUGUGGCAAGAGUUUUACUCGAGAGGGAAUUCUCAAAGAACACCAGCGCACUCACACAGGAGAGAGGCCGUACCACUGUACUCAGUGUGGCAAGAGUUUUACUCGAGAGGGAGGUCUCAAACAACAUCAGCGCAUUCACACAGGAAAGAGGCCGUACCACUGUACUCAGUGUGACAAGAGGUUUAUUCAAGAGGGAAGUCUCAAACUACACCAGCGUGUUCACACAGGAGAGAAGCCGUACCACUGUACUCUGUGUGGCAAGAGUUUUAAUAUUUUGGGAAAUCUUAAAAAACACCAGCGCAUUCACACGGGAGAGAGGCCAUACCACUGUACUCUGUGUGGAAAGAGUUUUACUCAUAAGGGAGAUCUUACAAAACACCAGCGCAUUCACACAGCCAUUGGAAGAUCUGGUAUAAACACAGAAGGCAGAACCUGAAGAAUUGUCCCAAGUGAUAAGCCAUUGGAAGAGCUGAUAGAAUUCUGUAAAUGCUUAGAAAAGGUGCUUCAGUGCUUCCUUUCUGAUCUCCUUUAGCAUAGGGUACACUGGACCAUCCUUUACCAAAGAAAAGGAGAUGAUGUCGUCCCACAUUGUGGCAACAACAUCUAAAGACCCAUGUCAAUAACAUCUGCCGUCAAAUAACUAUGUAGCCUAAUGUAAGUGCAGUUGGGUUCUCUCAUUGUCUUUUCCUAAGUCCUCAUGAAAAGCAGUUAGGAAAGGAUAAAGGACAUCAUUUUCUUUUUUACUAUCUGACUGAUCAGCAUCAUGAUUGGGUUAUGGUGAGGCACCAUUCUGAAACUAAUACAGCGCCAUUCUGAAACUAA